AAAUGUAGCCUUUCUUAUUUCAACCCUCCUCCACUCUCUCUCUCUGUGCUUCGUGGAAAAAGUCUUCUCCACUUGUCCAUCCUUGUUCACCUUCUCCCAAUAUAAAUCCCUCACCCUUUUCCCUUUCUCCCAUUGCCCAAUUCCUUCAAAAAUCUCGUAAGCUCCAUUUUUCACAUUUCAAGAAUCAAGAAUCAAAGAUCAAAAACCAAGAAUCUUUCUGUAUAGACAGAUACUAUGUUGUCUUUCAUCCCAUUUCAAUCCAAACCAACCCCCACCUCCAAUUCAAAUCGUUUCUCUCAUCUCACCAACCCCACUAGCAGCCGCCGCCGCCGCCAUUUCUCUGUAUCUUCUCCAUCACAAAUAAGCCACCCCCACCGCCGCAGCCUUAGUAUCAAAGCCAUUGAUGCUGCACAGCCAUAUGAUUAUGAAGCAUUGGUGUCAAAUCAAUAUGCUCAGUCAGGUAGGCUAAAAAUUGCCAUAGUGGGUUUUGGUAACUUUGGUCAGUUUCUUGCAAAAGCCUUUGUUCGUCAAGGUCAUGUUGUAUUUGCUCAUUCAAGAACAGAUUAUUCACAGAUUGCUAAUUCUUUAGGGGUUUCUUUUUUUCAAGAUCCACAUGAUCUUUGCGAGCAACACCCUGAUGUUAUUGUCCUUUGUACUUCAAUUAUUUCAACUGAACCUGUUCUUAGGUCAUUACCAAUUCAAAGGCUGAAGAGGAAUACAUUGUUUGUUGAUGUUUUAUCAGUUAAAGAAUUUCCAAAGAACAUUUUUUUUCAAGUUUUGCCUACCCAUUUUGAUAUUCUUUGUACUCAUCCUAUGUUUGGACCUGAAAGUGGUAAGGAUAGUUGGAAAGAUUUGGCCUUUGUGUUUGAUAAAGUUCGUAUUGGUGAAGGGAAAUCAAGAACAACAAGGGUUGAUAAGUUUCUUGAUAUAUUUGAGAAAGAAGGGUGUAGGAUGGUGCCAAUGACAUGUGCUGAGCAUGAUAGGUAUGCUGCUGGUUCGCAGUUUAUUACACAUACAAUGGGGAGGGUGUUGGAGAAAUUGGGUUUGGAGACAACUCCUAUUAAUACUAAAGGGUAUGAGACUUUGUUGAAUUUGGUGGAGAAUACUGCUAGUGAUAGCUUUGACUUGUACUAUGGGCUGUUUAUGUACAAUAAAAAUGCUAUGGAGGAGUUGGAAAGACUUGAUUUGGCUUUUGAGGCUUUGAAGAAGGAGUUAUUUGGGCAUUUACAUGAUGUGUUGAGGAGGCAAUUGUUUGGGAAGGUGGAGGAAGCAGGACAGAGGCGUGUCUUAACCAAGUUGCCCAGGAAUGGUUAUGCACUGCCAGCUCCUUCAUCGGAUGCCGAUAAAUCUCAGAACAACUGAGGGAAUUCUGAAUCUUGGUAUGUCUGCGUUUUUGUUGAUGACCUCUUGCUUUGGGAUUCAAAGGAUGUAUUGUUAACACAAUCUGUAAUGUGGCAAUUCAAUAUUAGCAAUGUAACUAUGCUACAAGGACAUGCUCAUCCUGUUGUUUAUCCUAUUGUUUAAUGUGAAGAUGAUUAAAGAGAAGCACUAAUUCAACCUUGGAGUUGGGGUUAGGUAUUGAGUUGUAAGACCAUCAAAAGAACUAUAUUUUGACCUGUAAUGUCAGCUGUCAUUUUUGAUAUUUUAGGAACAUUUGUGGUAGGAGAGUGACUUUUGAUGUGAUUACAUUUCAGAUGUUGAAAGAAUGUAGUUUAGGAUGGAAAAUUCAGUUAACAUUUAUCUGUUUGUUGCUGGAUAAGCUAUUCUGUGUCUCACGUAUUUAUGUUUGAAGAUGAGAGUUAUGUGUUCGCUUAUUUCUUCUGAAGAGAGUUACAUUGCUAAGACAGAA